AUGCGUGCGCUCUUGGGUGUGACUCAUACGCGGGUUAAUGGAAAGAUGGCACUGGAACUUCCUGCACCUCUCGAACCUGGUUUGCCUGUACAGAUGUCAGCCGAGGGUCAUAAGCUGUGGAAUCCUUACUGGCUCAAAGAAACCACAGAUGCAGAGGAUGCCGAGAAUGCGAAAUUUAUCGACACUGUUGUCUCAACCCUUGUAGCAAAUUCAAAAGCACCGGGCGCUGUAAGCCUCAUCCCCGCUGCAAGCCUGGAGCCCCCAUACGAAGCUAUUUUCAACGCUGUCAAGGGGCACUUUACCUAUCUUUGUGGAAAAUAUCAGCAGACCGUUGAUCCCGCAGCUAAGGGAAAGGGAAAGAAAAAAGUUGAGGACAGCCGCCACCGUGGUCAGAAGAAAACCAAGCUUGCCCGCCGAAUGGGCCAUGUUUCCGAGUUUGAGAAAGAGCAUGCCAUCUCAGGAAUUAGUGAUUUUGUGGCCUUCGACUAUAUGUCCUCCAAAGAUGAUGGCCCUGGUUUGGUGUCAAAGGAAACAUGGGCUCAAAAGGCGGGUCGAUAUGGUGGUUGCAGAAAGACCAUGCUUGAGGUUCCCCGGCUCCAAUGGAGGGAUGAGAAGGUCAGCCGACUAUACUAUGCACUGGACAAGAUUGCAUGGGAUGCUGGCGAAACCUCAACACAUGGUCGGUUCCACGGCUUCCAAGAGAACACAGAUGUCGACAAGCCUAAGUGUCGUGUGCCUCGCUCCAUGUUGGAUGAAGGCUGGAUAGUUGCAUCUGGCAACCAAAAUAUUAUUGUAGCUCCAGAGCCAAAGGGCGUCAAGCUCAAAGAUAUCAAAAUUGAGGAUAGCGAGCUUGAUCAGGAAGACUUGGCUGCGCUGAAGGAAUGGAGAGAAUGGGACAGUGAACCAAGCCAGAUCAACAUCGACGAUACAAAUGUAGGAGAGGUAUAG